AGAGACAGCAGUGGCGCAGUUAGAAAAGUUGCUGAAAAAUUUUAAGUUUGUCCAUGGAAAAGGAACCAUGAGCACGAAAAUGGUGCUUAUGAUCUUGGCACUUCUGGUGCCUAUGCUGCAGGCUUCAGGGCAAGUGAUUGAUGGAAAGUCUGGGAACGGCCCUGUCAACAUUAACAUCAACCUGCCUGGGCACAACAUGGGAGGAGGAGACACGUCAUGUGCCAGUCAGGAGGCUCUUAUUGCUGAGUUAAAGAAGCAUAACGCUGACUUACAGAGGCAGCUCAGGAAUGUGACCACAGAACUCUGGCUCCAUAAGAAAGCUUGCAUCAGCAAGUCUGCAAGUGGCGUCUUGAGCGUCUCAAGUGGCGUCUUCACCAGUGUCUUGUCAUGUCCCAGAGGCUAUUAUGUACAGUUCCAGAACAGGUGCUUCAAAUUCUCCUCUGAAUUUAAGAACUACACUGAUGCCAAGUCUGUUUGUGAAGCCGAUGAUGGGCACCUGGUUAUGCCUAAAGACAAGGCAACAAACGACUUCCUGGUCGAACAAUUUCAGAUUCAGAACCCUGUCUUAUGGAAAUUCCAGGUGGUCAUCUGGAUUGGUUUGACAGACCAGGUACAGCACGGAGUCUUGAUGUGGGAGGAUGGGACGCCGCUUGCAGGCUGGUCAAACUGGCAUAAUCGCCAACCUUCACAUAUGUUUAACCCCGGCGUGGACUGUACUGUAUUGUCUGUUAACAUUUACCACGUAGGCAAGUGGACUGCUGCUUCUUGCAACAUUAAGGCUAACUAUGUGUGUGAAGUGAGUGCAACUAUUUCCCCCUAGGCAAGUACAAAAACACAAGCUAUGGCCUUGACAGCUAACUUUGAAGUUAAUAAAAAAAAACAAUGUUCAAAAUAUGUGUGAUAAAACUAAAUUGGGUAGAAUUAGUCGUCUUGACGUGAGGGUAAGUUUGAAGACAUGUGUUUUUGUGAUAAGUGUGUUUGUAAGAAUGUAUUAACCAGUAAACCAUCUCAAGGCAUAAUACAUGUAAUUAUAUUUUUUACAAUCUAGAGGAUAUGGGUGUGGAAGUAAAACUGUGUGAGUCCCAUGAAGGGGAAGCUUAGUGUGUUAAACAUUUGUACAUACAUGUACAAUGUUAAAGGAUACAACAAUCUUAUCGAGAAGAAAAUGAUGGCCUGGUAUGUUUGGCUGAGAAAGCAAGUUGAGCAAUGCUCCAUAGCAAUACCAAUAAUAAAAAAAGCAUGAAGUUUUUCCCCAACUAUAACUACAAAUGUAUGAAAUAUAUACAUGUAACUAGAACUUAAGGUAGAAAGUUGUAAAAUUGUCCACUAUAUGCCUUUCCACUCAACGAAGAAGUAAAUUCAUAGACAAGAGGCAAAACAAGCUGCUAGCAUCCUGAUGUUGUUUUAUUUUUGACAAGACAAUCAUCAAUGUACUAAAGGACUGCCUCAGAAUAAGAGGAAAGUUUUAGCAUUGGCUUAAAGUGU